CCGUCUCCGGCGUUGGCCUCUGUCUCCGCCGGUGCCGCGACGGCGUUGGCCAACCCUCGACGGCACGGCCAUCUCCCAUCAAAACCUCAACCACAGAGCCGCCCACCAUCGAUGCCGCAACCGCCUCUAGACUCUAGUUCAUCUCCCACUCCGGUGAGAUCUCCCUGGUGAGCUUGUUGUUCUUCUUCAGUUCUUUUCUCUCUCUCUGUCUCCUGUCACUUGGCAAGUGGGGAAACCCUUGUAGAUCCGAAAAUUUUCCCUAGUUUUUUUUUUUCCUUUUCCAAACAAGCCCAUGGCUCUACUCCGAGCAGCCGCCGCCGCCGACCUCCUCCGCCGCCACCGCCGCGCCCCGCUCCCACUCUUACUCUCCGCUCUCUCGCCGCCUCCACCGACCACCCCGGAAUCCUGCCCCGACGGCCCCAGUCCCGUCGCCCCAUACUUCGCUCCGCCUCCGCCUCCGCUAUGCCGCCGCCGUCGAAGCUGGCCGCCUCCGCCUCCGCCUCCGCGCGUCUCGUCUUCCUCCUACGUCGGCAGGGGGAUCCUGCUCCCCGCGACCUUCUCGAUCUACUCUCCCCUCUCUACCUCCUCCUCCGCCUCCCCCGACGGCUCCCCGGAUGAGGAUUCCUCGCCGCCGCACCCGUCUCCCGCGGCGGCGCCUCCGUCCUCGUGGGUUGACAGGUGGCUCCCACAGGCGGCGCGCCCCUACGCCAUGCUUGCCCGCCUCGACAAGCCCAUCGGCACCUGGCUCCUCGCGUGGCCCUGCUUCUGGUCAAUCUCAAUGGCGGCGAUGCCGGGGGAGCUGCCUGACAUGAGAAUGCUGGCACUCUUCGGAUGUGGAGCCGUCCUCCUCAGAGGCGCUGGAUGCACGGUCAAUGAUCUUCUUGAUCGAGACAUUGAUAACAAGGUUGAGCGCACCAAAAGCAGGCCUUUUGCAUCAGGCAUUCUAACCCCUACACAAGGAGUGGGCUUCCUUGGAUUGCAGCUUUUACUGGGAUUGGGCAUUCUUCUCCAACUAAAUAACUAUAGCCGUAUUCUUGGGGCAUCUUCACUUUUUUUGGUCUUCUCUUAUCCCUUGAUGAAGAGAUUCACAUUUUGGCCUCAGGCGUAUCUUGGCUUGACCUUUAAUUGGGGAGCUUUGUUAGGAUGGGCUGCCAUUAAAGAAAGCUUAGAUCCUGCCAUCAUCCUCCCAUUGUAUACCGCUGGUAUAUGCUGGACACUCGUAUAUGAUACCAUAUAUGCACAUCAGGACAAAGAAGAUGACCUCAAAGUAGGGGUCAAGUCCACAGCAUUAAGGUUUGGAGAUUUAACAAAACACUGGAUUAGUGGCUUCGGUGUUGCAUGCAUUGGCAGCUUAGCACUCAGUGGCUACAGUGCUGACCUUGCAUGGCCUUACUAUCCUUUUCUAGCUGCUGCAUCUGCGCAGUUAGCAUGGCAGAUUUCAACUGUUGAUUUAUCUGACCGCCUGGAUUGCAACAGGAAAUUUGUGUCCAAUAAGUGGUUUGGCGCUUUGAUAUUUGGUGGAGUUUUAUGUGGACGACUUGUAUCAUGAUAAUUAUGAGCCACGAGUUUAUUAUGGUUCAUGGUAGUGUUUUCAGUGGAAAAUUCGUAAUUUUGAUAGAAUAGAAAGACUCUUGACAAAACUUAGGAUGCGCAAACCUCCAAAGAAUGGAAAGUUGAUUCAAAAAGAAAGAAAGAAAGAAUGGGAGUUAGGGCUUGGGUUUCCUCUGUGGCGCGCUAGUUCCAAUUUCAUAUCAUGCAGUGCAGUCUCAUUUCUAUUUUUAUUGGAUGAAAGCCCUUAUCCAUGUUGAGGACUGCUAUGCCCUGCUUUAUGCAUCAAGUUGCAGAAUGAACUUUUGUUAUUUCCUGAGCACUUUGUGACAAUGUUCCCCAUCUUCUGUUCAAAAGAUAAACCAGGGAACAUGAUAAAAUAUUGAUGCAGAUUGUUGUGCAUUUACAAGACUCUUCUGAAUUCUGAUGCUCCUUAUUCAUGACAAGGCUAAUUAAUUCAGUCUAACACCAAACAUAUUUUUACGGGACUAAGAUGUAAAUUGUGCCAUACAUUUUUUUCCCAUGGAUAGCAGUUGGACAGAACUAUCAUAAUGUAUUUACCGGUUAUACCGAUUAGUUCAUUUUGUUACCACGAUCUUGUUACCAUGUUCGAUGUGUCCCUUGCAGUCUUGUAGAGUUCUCUUGCACAUUCUCUGUUUGAUAUGAUGUUGAUUUUUUAGAGAGAGAAAGAUGUUGAUUCAGUUGUUAGACUUGUUCUAUGAGAACAUGAUCAGUAUAUGAGGUAUUUUCCCAAGGCAA